GUGAGCGGGGAGGAGGCGCCGGGCGUGCAGGAGGGCGGGCGGCGUGGAACAUGCCUCCGCCACCCAGGGCUGCUCCCGCCGGAGGCCGCCCCCACCCGCGCCCAUGGCCCGCCCGGGCCCGUCGCUCGCCGGCGCCUUCGACCUUCUAGGCGCGGCGGGCCAGGACAAGCUCUUGUACCUCAAACACAAGCUGAAGGCCUCGCGCCCGGGCUGCCGGGGCGCCGACCUGCUGCGCGCCAUGGUGCUCCUGCGGCUGGGCCAGGAGACCGAGGCCCGGAUCGCCCUGGAGGCCAUGAAGGGGGACGCGGUGGCCCAGCUGGUGGCCCGCCGGUGGGCCGGUGUGGACGGCGCCGAGGCCCCGGAGGACCCCCCAGACCUGUCCUGGGCCGUCGCCCGGCUGUACCAUCUGCUCUCUGAGGAGGAGCUGUGCCCGGAGCCUCUGCGGGACGUGGCGUACCGGGCAGCCCUCCACGCCUUCACCUCGAGGGCCGACCACCGGCUCGGGGAGCUCCAGGACGAGGCCCGGGACCGGUGCGGGUGGGACAUCACUGGGGCCCCGGGGGACUUUGCGCCCCUCCACUCGGAUCUGGGCUGCCUCCCGCCGUCAUCGGCGUCGCCCUCCAGGACCCGCAGCCUCCCGCAGCCCAUCGAGAGCCUGUCCGCCUGGAGCCGAGGCUGUUCCCUGAGGUCCACCGGCAGCCCGGCCUCCCUGGCCAGCGACUUGGAAAUUAGCCAGUCGCCCACCCUGCGCGUCCUCAGCGGCCACCGCGGCCCCCACGGGCCCAGCAAGCUGUGCGAGGAGCCCCGGGCCAGCCCGGCGCCCGAGCCUGCCCCCGUGGGCUGCCAGGAGCCCGAGGAGAUGAGCUGGCCCCCGUCGGGGGACAGCGGGAGCCCCCCGGUGCUGCCAAGGGACCCAGGCCCUGAGGUGGCCCCGGAUGCACCUGCUGGUCUGGCCGACCCCCCCGAAGCUCUGGAAACCAGCACCCACUACCCUGUGGAAUGCACAGAAGUGUCAGCAGCACCCCCAUCUCUCCCGUCGCCCUCCGUCAAGGACCAGACGCCACCCCAGCUUCCUGCAGAAGACACCCCUUCUCCGCCCGCCCAGCCGUGCCCACCGACUCCCUCGGGCCCCACGACGUCUCCUCCCGGUCCUGCUCCAUGCACCCCGCGGUUGGCCCACCCGGCCCCCGUGCCCCUGGGCGCCACCCCUCCAGAGACGGAGUCGUCGGAGCAGAAGUUCUAUAACUUCGUGGUGCUGCACGCCGGGGCCGACGAGCUCAUCGCCCUGCGCGUCCGGGAGAGGCUGGAGGCCCUGGGCGUGCCCGACGGGGCCACCUUCUGCGAGGACUUCCAGGUGCCCGGGCGCGGGGCACUGCGCUGCCUGCAGGAUGCCAUCGACCACUCGGCCUUCACCAUCCUGCUGCUCACCGCCAACUUCGACUGCCGCCUGAGCGUGCACCAGGUCAGCCAGGCGCUGAUGAGCAGCCUGACGCGGCACGGCUGGCAGGACUGCGUGAUCCCCUUCCUGCCCCUGGAGAGCUCCCCGGCCCAGCUCAGCCCCGACACGGCCGGCCUGCUCACCGGCCUGGUGUGGCUGGACGAGCACUCCCGCAUCUUCCCCAGGAAGGUGGCCAGCACCUUCAGGGCCCAGCAGCUGCGGGCGCGCAGGGCCAGCUGGAGGAAGGAGCAGGGGGCUCGGGCCCUGCGCGCGCAGAGCCAGCACCUAGAGGGUGAGCGGCGGCAGGGGGCGGCGUGGAGUGCCGCCUACUCUGCCUACCUGCAGAGCUACCUGGCCUGGCAGGCGCAGAUGGGGCAGCUGCAGGCGGCCUUCGGGAGCCACCUGUCGCUCGGGACUCAGGGGCCCUAUGGGGGCCAGGUGCCCCUGGGAGGCCAGCCACCCUUUCCCACCUGGCCGGGCCUCCAGCCACCAGCCGUGCCUCCGUGGCUGGCGGGCACCCCCCCACCAGCCUUCUCGCAGCCCCCCGCCUUCCAGCAGCCCCCCACGUUGCCACAGGCCCCCGCCUUCCCUCAGCCCCCUACCUUCUCUCAGCCCCCCACCUUCCCACAGGCCCCCCCUGCGACCCCCCAGAGCCCUGGGCUGCAGCCCCUCAUCAUCCACCACGCCCAAAUGGUACAGCUGGGACUGAACAAUCACAUGUGGAACCAGAGAGGCGCCCAGGCGCCCGAGGACCAGCCGCAGGAAGGGGAAUGACCUGUUGA